AUAUGAAAACAUGUAAUUUGAGCCUAGUCUUAUUUAUAAUUUUAUACGUUUUGUAAUUAGUUUAAGGCAUUCCACAAACACGAAACAAUGGACAAUAGCGACUAUUUUGGCGGCACCACAAUUAUCGCCGUUGAGUUCGAUGGAGGCGUUGUUAUGGGCGCCGAUUCGCGGACUAGCUGCAGGACAUAUGUAUCGAAUCGAUCGGCCGACAAGCUGACACGGAUUACGGACCAUAUAUACUGUUGCCGGAGCGGCUCCGCCUCCCAGACCCAGACACUGGCCAACACGGUCGCCUACGCGAUGAACUACUACGAGUGCAGCAUGGGCGAGCCGGCGCUGGUGCGCGAUGCGGCUGUCCAUUUCCGGAACAAGAUCUACGAUUCCCGCCAGACCAUGAUGGCCAGCAUCAUUGUCGCCGGCUGGGACAGACGCCACGGCGGCCAGGUGUACAGUGUGCCCAUCACUGGACUCAUGGUGCACGAACCCUGCGCCGUUGCCGGUUCCGGCGCUGCCUACAUUCAGGGCUUCGUCACCGCCCACUACAGACCCGGCAUGCAGCAGGCGGACACCGUCGAGCUGGUCAAGAGCGCCGUCCAGCUGGCCAUACAGCACGACUGCAGCUCCGGCGGCAUCGUCCGUGUUGGCGUCAUCAACGAGUACGGCAUGGACGCGUGUGUCUGCUGUGACAAGGAUCCCGAGAUGGUCAAGUAUGCCAACACACUUCUGUGGAAUCUUGAAUUCGGCAUUUGGUGAUACCUUUGAAAUCUUAGCUUGUGUCUAUA